CCCUCAGCAGAGGCCGCCGCCAUACAGAGACUAGAAGCCAGCAUAAACAAAGCAGAGCCUUCACCUGCACCCAGCACAGAUACCAUGAGAGAAAGUAUUCCUUCCACCUCCUUACCAGUCACACAACAGAUGACAGAAAUGAGCAUUUCUAGAAAGGAAAAGGCCCUGUCUCCUAAAGCUGAGUCUGCUGAACCAGGUAAUUGGAAUGAAAUAUGAUCAAAUAAAUAUUAAAGUAGCCACACAAAG